GGAGUGUGUGUCGAGACAAGCCGGACCGCCAGCCUCCCCACUGCCACAGAUCAGAAAACCGCUCGGGAGCAGAUUCCAAUCGAUUCAAAAGGGACAGAAACUGCCAGCGAGAAGAGCCCAGUCCACCCCACUGCACCAACAGGAAGAUGUGCAAUGCAUUGGGACCUCGGUGGGCAUUGAAGCGGGUGAUAUUAUGGUCAAGAAAACACGUACAGCUAAAACUGCGAAUCCGCUGAAUGCAAUGACCAACGUUACGCGCGAGGUCACAUGGGAGGGUCAAAAGAAACAGAACAAAAAGUCCCAGACAACUCCUUUCCAGUUUGAGCUCAAGUUCCCACAGAAAACGACGGCUGUGUCGUCGCUGUCGCAGCUGAUGAAUGAGAGCCGCGCAAAGUCCCAGCCAUUUGAAGAGUAUUCCCGG